AUGAUGAUGACGCCAAAACCUUACAAAACCCUCUGCGUUACUGUAGUAUCUGAAUAUUAUAAUUUUGAGUAUGCAGCGGCCAACGGCCCGCAUGAAACCGCAAGCGUUUUAAUAGCACUCAAAAAACCAUAAAAAAAAAACAGUCAGCAGCCCGCCCAUUUUGCGCGUUUUGUUUUUCCGCGAUAUCUAUCCACGCUAAGGAACAGUCUAAGGCUCAGUCUCGAACAGAUUUAACUCGAUCUAUCCGCGCAGUGAAUCAAGAGAAGCCCCAAAAGGAAAUAUCGGGCACCGCUGAAGUCGUCACAGGCUUCAGCUGUACAGCCACGGCGCAAUCGCUCUCGUUGUUGUGGGACAACUUGGAGUAGCUCUCUUGUUGGUCAUGAGAUCAGAACCUCCGCCCUACUUGUGGCAGUGGUGCUCAACGUCAAGCGGUUGCACCUGCAUGCACGCUACUCCAUGAAAACCGCUAGCGUUUUGCGAUUAUCAGGCUGAUUGCACGUAGACGGCGACAGCCUCUCGCAUGACUGGGCGUUACGGCAUUACAAUACAUGGCCGGGCAGUAGUUAAAGCCCCGCGAGCCUGUGGUCCGAGGUGGAAGUGUGCCGGCCUUAAUCUCUACGCCGCUCGGACUUCAGUUUCGCGGGCGGUCUUUGGUAGAAAGCACCUGGCUACGAUUUCCGACGGAGAAGUGGCAGCCCGUAUCGUUUCGCCUUUUUCUUAGGGGCCCAACAGGCGCCACGCAGUUUCUCUUCCUCGAUCCUUGGUAGCUAGCAUCGCCGCUUCGGGAUGCCUGUUGUCACGUUCGUCGCCCCUUCGAUCCGCUGCUCCGUCACCAGCCCGACAACACAAGUUCGGCCCGGAAAGGUUUAGGACUCUAGGCUGCAGAGUUUUGUUUUAGGAAUUCGAAUUUAGGAUAUCCACUCUCGUGCUUAUCGGUGUGUAUACGGACAAGCGUGCUCGUCGGCGUCACUUUUAGGUCUCAGAAAGUGUAAGUGACGCCCCGACGGUUUAGCUGAGGCGUCUGCCAUGCACGAUUAGGCCGGGUUUAGCCCGAGGACGUACCAGUGGCACGUCCCCGAGCAUUGCUUCCGGCAGUGUGACAGAAUUGUGAUUCAGACCCUGGCGUCCGGAGCCGGACGGCUUAUUUGUGGCGAUGGCCCGUUUCGGUCAGUGCUUCUGGACGUCGUUUGUCCUGGUGAAACUUGGCCGAGAUUCAAACUGCAGACUCUGGCCAGACCUAUCGCGAGGCAGCCUUUUGGCCCUGCCUGUCUCGCGCGUUCUACCUAGAUUCUUCUUUCAGUUUUACGGGGCUGAUAAGAUAUGGCCGCAGUGGCUAGAUGUUGCCCGGGCCAGUUUCGACAUCUCUGGCCCUCCUUCGUUGGGUUUGCUCUGUAGGUGGGGUCGAAUGUCAACAGACCCACCGGACCCCGUGCCCGCUCGUGUGUCGCCUUUCCUUCGCCCACCCCGGCCGCAUGAGGCCGCUCUGUCUCCGCCGCAUUAGGCGGGGUCCCAGGUCUUGACACUUUGGCCCCUUACCUUUUAACUAGAAGGCCUCGCUGAGCCGCCGGCGUUCCCAGCUAGUCGAAGAACGUAGCGCCGGACGCGAGUUGCGCGAAAGUGAGACAGACCGAGAGCUUUGGGACCGAUGCUCGCGCGCACGGAUGUCUGUGCAGACGGUUUCUCUUCGUUGUUGAUGAACAACCAAAAACCAACUGCGACCCUUGUGAGCCCUAGGAAGGAGACAGAACGUCUGCGCCUUCAGACCGGUGCCCUGUUGGCUGUAAAGCGCUAGCGCUGGGCGCGCAGCUAUUAUCCAUUUUCCGCGCUGCAUUUGUUGCAGCUGUUCAGGCGCGCAAAAGUGGCCCGCACCUCCCCCACUUUGCGUUCGAUAUGUUCUAGCACUAGCCCUGCGCACAGCUUGCCCCCUAAUAACACACCUGAAGGGCUUCGGCUUUCGUUGGCCAUGUGUGCGCUUCUUUCUAUUCUUUGGCGCUAAAACGGGCGGUGAAACGGUAUCUGGUGUGCAGAAGUGUUCCACACGUCUGCAGAUAUUCUCACUGCCCUCUCUUGGAUUACUUAGCAGUAUGUGGGAGGAUUUUUCCCGCUCACCUUAAGAAGCGCGCGCGCAGUUCUAUUCUUCGGCGCCGAGUGAUGCCAGGGAGCGUCUUCCGGAUAUUGUGGCGGACCUGUGCCUGUUGUUUGUUAGUUUCAUUUGUUGCGUAGGAUGCUCAGAGAUUUAUAUAAGCAAUGCGACUCGCAUUGAUCGCAAAACCGGCCGCGGUUUGUCGCAUUGCUCGCAAUGCUCGCAUUGCUCGCAAAUCAUUGGCGCCCGCCAGCAGUUAGGUGUGUGGCGAUAGAGCAAGGGCCUUACCGGUGGGAUUCGAUCGCGAAUUACCCGACGGGAAGCUGGCCUGGAUAUGCAGGCUGUAGUGGUCUUGCCCUCGUUUUUUUCUUUGGAAAAAUAGUGCUGAGGGUUAGUAGACGUUUUCUUUUUCUCGAGCGCAGAAACAGAAACAAACCCAGACACAAGCGACGGUCUUCGCGCGGCCCGUUGGUUUGAGGUCAGGUUAGGACUAGGGCGGGCAGCCUGCUGAAGUGCGGCCCAAUAGUGGACAUACGCUCACGAAGUCGCGAAGAGUUGUUGCAAGAGUUGCGACAGGUCCGCGCGCCCGCGACUCGCAAGCCGUCGCAUCCGUGUCGCAUUGGUCGCAUUGCUCGCAUUGCUCGCAAAUCAUUGCCGGAGUUUCCUUAUAUAAAUCACUGGAUGCUCCUCGCGUCCACCGACUUGAAGCGCACUAGCGCGGGCCCCCGAAGGGCCGGCGGCCGCGAUUUUUUCGCUCGCAUUUCUCAGCGCAGCCGGUGGGCUGCACUAGCGCCCGUUUCCGGAGGGUCCGCGGCUUUUUCGAUUUUAAAAGCCAACCCGACCGCGGGGCGGGGCCGGCGGGCCCGAGACGACAACAACGAGCCCAGCCGGCCCCCGAAGGGCCCGCGCUCGGGCUCGUAUUAAUAAAUAAUUGUGGGGUAAUAAAUUAAUCGCUUAAGUUACCGGGUAACUUAGCGUCCGGCCGGCCGCCGGAAGCUAAGUUACCCGGUUCCCAGCCGCCAGCCCCGGAGAACGGAGCGGUCCGAUCCGCUGGAACGGGCUGGCGGCUGGGAACCGGGUAACUUAGCGUCCGGCCGGCCGCCGGAAGCUAAGUUACCCGGUUCCCAGCCGCCAGCCCCGGAGAACGGAGCGGUCCGAUCCGCUGGAACGGGCUGGCGGCUGGGAACCGGGUAACUUAGCGUCCGGCGGCCGGCCGGACGCUAAGUUACCCGGUAACUUAAGCGAUUAAUUUGUUACCCCACUUAUAGUUGGAGCGAUUUAUAGCCAGUGUGUUUGUUCCUGUUGCUCCUGCCCUAAAUGUUGAGCGCCCGCUAUUUUGUUUCUUCGAAGGCGAGCAAGAUGACGAGACCCCAAGUCACAUACUAGUGCGACGCUGUGACUUUUUUCGUUAGUUUGAGGAGGACAAGCACAGACCCAAGUUCCGCCACACCAAAGCUUUCAAACAAGUUUUCGUCUUCAAAAAAGCGCAGGGCACACAGGCUCCAGCAGCGCUGCAGCUUAGAGAAAAGCGAGAACCUGGAAUGUAGCAGAGUAGAAAUGAGAAAAAAAAGCAAGCAAAAAAAAGCCAGCUCCUCCAAGCCAGUAGCGCUACUCUUUUUCGUAGCAAUUCUAUUUUUUCUUCUCGAAGUAGACUAAGACAAUUUUUCAAGCCUUUUUUUAUCAAGCAGCCAGCGACGGCAUCUAUCUUGUAGAGUUGUAGACCUUCAACCUUAAGACUUUUACAUCAAUGCUUUCGCUUUACCAGUUCAGUUUUUCUCUGGAACCGGCUCAGAGCGGGGGCUCCUCUGUCGAGCUGCUUUGUUUAAAUUUGGAAUCGGACGAGAGUGGACGGGCAAUGACAUUUGGACCUCGGGAGGACGAGGUUUUUGUUUGAUGAAGUUUGCAACGUACAAGGAGUAAUUUGAAAAUUUGCGGUAAGACCGCCAUCACGGGACCACCUGCAAGUCCCGCUGACGUCUCGGACAUUCAGAAUCAAUAAACUUUAAAUUGCAAUCGUGAAAAGAUCAGACGCUUCGAAUGAGCAUCAGUUGAAAUUUUUGGAAAAAUUAUGCGACAUCAUAUCACCGCGGCGGACUUAGAAGUAUUUCGUGGCUGUUCGUCGUCUUCUUGCGGUGUUGUCUUGCCAGAGUGUGGUGGCAGUGUUGUCGUCGGUGUCUACGUGGAUAAUCCCCUAGAAGAUGCGUGAUGAUGUGGGCGUUGUGUGCGCCCGCGGUGUGGCUUGAUUCAAUAGGACAGCCACUAUCACGACGACACCCCCGCGCUAUUAAUUUAAACGGAUAUAGCAAUCAAUAUCAACGGCCUGCAUGAAACCGAAAAGCGCGUCUAAGUAGCAGUCGACAGGUCGGAAAUGAAAACAGUCAUCAACAGCGCGGAACACCUUGUGCGUUACGCUUUUCAGCGAUAACGAUAUGCAUUGAGUCUAUAUCUAGGGAAGCCUCAGAAAGAAAUAUCGGGCACCGCGGAAGUCGAAUAGACUUCAGCUGUACAUCCACGGCGCCACCGCUCUCGCUGCUGUCUGUGCUUUGUUGUAUUGAAUACCAGGACAAAUAAUUGGAAUAGCUCUGCUGCUGGUUAUGUGAUCAGAACGCCCCCUCCUCUUUGCGGCAGGUGUGCUCAUCAACGUCCACCACUGUUUCUCCGAUGCCGAACAAGAUAACGAGACUCUAAGUUCCAUGCUAGUGCGACACUUUGACUUUUUUCGUUGGUUUGAGGAAGAUAAGCUCAGAAUCAAUCGAGUUCAACCACGCCAAGGCUUUCAAGAAGUACUUAUUCCCUUUCCGAAAGCGCAAGAUGCACAGGCUCCAGCAGCGCUGCAGCUUAGACAAAAACAACUCCAAGGAACGUAGCAGAGUUGUAGAAAAUGAAAAAAGUAUGUAAAAAGAAGAACAAAAAAAGCCAAUUCCAUCAAGCUAGUAGUACUACUCUUUUUCGUAACAAGCCUACUUUUUUCUCAAAACAGAGCCAGACCAUUUUUCGAGCAAUUUUUUUUUCGAGCAAUUUUUGUUUCAUUAGAUUAGGAAGCGAGGAUAUUCAUCUUGUAGAGGAGACUUUCAACUUUUAGAUUUUUACAGCAAGCUUUUCGCUUUGCUAGUUCGGCUGUUUUCAGAAACAGGCUAAGAGUGGCUCUGUCAAGCUGGUUUAUUUUUAUAAGUGCCACUGCUUGCAAUUCAUAUCCUGCCGGGGGCAACAGAUGGCUGACCUUCUGCUUUCGCCACUGCCUGACUUGCUUGCUUACCCAAUUUCGCACUUCUUGUUUUUUAGUUCCCUCAGUCACGCAUGCACUUCCAUCCCGCAACGCGCGCACGCGGGGAAAAAUUGAUAACUGAAUCUGAAACUGAACGGAUAGCGUGCUACAUUUAUUUUAUAUUGUUUUUUUCAGUACAUGCCUCGCGACUGCGUUGCGCUGUUGUUUACGGCGGCAAACAUGAUAAAAAACGAAACCAAAUGCAAAUACACAGAGCAAAAUCGCUCUCGUUGAU